AUGGGCAGCGAGCAGAGCUCCGAGGCGGAGAGCCGAUCCAACGAUCUGAACUCCUCAGUGACCCCUUCUCCAGCUAAGCAUAGAGCGAAGAUGGAUGAUAUUGUGGUUGUAGCUCAGGGCUCUCAGGCCUCACGGAAUGUCAGCAAUGAUCCUGAUGUCAUCAAGUUACAAGAGAUUCCAACUUUCCAGCCUCUUUUAAAAGGGCUCUUGAGUGGCCAGACUUCCCCAACAAAUACCAAACUGGAGAAAUUGGAUUCUCAGCAGGUGCUCCAACUCUGCCUCCGAUACCAGGAUCACUUACAUCAGUGUGCAGAGGCCGUGGCUUUUGACCAGAAUGCUCUGGUUAAGCGAAUCAAAGAGAUGGAUCUCUCUGUAGAAACCCUCUUUAGCUUCAUGCAGGAGCGUCAGAAAAGGUAUGCCAAAUAUGCGGAGCAGAUCCAGAAAGUCAAUGAGAUGUCUGCCAUCCUCCGCCGCAUACAGAUGGGCAUUGACCAGACUGCGCCCCUGAUGGAGAGGCUCAACAGCAUGCUGCCUGAGAGCGAGAGGCUGGAGCCCUUCAGCAUGAAACCAGACCGAGAGCUCAAACUGUAG